ACAAGUCAACUCAUAAAUUUGCUUAAUAGUCUAUGAUUUGAUUGUUUUUUUUCUUCUUGAAAAAUUACUAAUACUACUGGGAAAUGUGAACGAAAACAAAAGGCCCAGAAAUUCAUAAGCAGUAUUAAGUGUUCUUCCUCAACAUGGCACCUCAACUCAUUUACCUCAUCUUUCUAUCACUCUUUGCAGUACUUGGAUCAAUUGCUCAAAAUGAAUGCCAAGUGAAAAACUGCACGCAGUAUGGCCCUGCCAUCCGGUUCCCCUUCAGCCUUAAAGACCGCCACCAACAGCACUGUGGCUACCCUGGCUUUGAACUUCGCUGCACUCAAAACAAUGACACGGUCUUGGAAUUACCUUUUCCGGUGAAGGCAUCCGUCAAGGACUCUAACUUUCCGUUUUCGGUUCAGUUUUCCAUUCAAGAAAUCGAUUACAAAAAUCAAUUAAUCGAGAUAUCUCAAGUCUUUGGCUGCUUUCCAAGAUUGCUUCCAAUUCUAAAUUUAUCCGCAUCUCCAUUCCAAUUCCUAGAUUAUUAUAUUAUUAACUCCACUUUAUUCAACUGUUCUAAAAUCAAGCGAGAUAAUCUUGAAUAUAUGAUCCCCGUACCUUGCCUCAGCAGUAAGGAUUAUGACGUUUGUAGAGUUUGGUCCGAUGAUUUCUUAUAUGAAUUGUCCUUACAAUCCUGCAGCAAGAUGUUUGACGUUCAAUCCAUACCCCAGGGUGUAUUUGACAAUCUGUCCUCUUUUAGAUUGGAAUGGUCCAGACCAUCUUGUGGACAUUGCGAAUCCAAUGGCAAACAUUGUAGAUUGAAGAAUGACAGUUCAAUCUUGCAUGAUACUGAAUGCUACAGCAGCAAAACAGAAGGUAAUUUUACAUAUAUUUUCCGUUUUACAGACUUAGAGAGAGAGGGAGACUCGAUCCGGAAGAAGAUAGAAUUAUGCUCAAAUCAAUUAACCUUCUCUUAUAUCUUUGCAUAAACUUUCUUGAUUUGGAUGAUGGGUUCUAUAUUCCACCACAAUUACACACCAUUCUGUACACAAACAUAUUCAUAAUAAAAACACUACCAUAAAAACACUACCAAUCAUUUUAUAAAUAUAUAGCAUUAUCCAUAUUUAAAAAAAUAAAAAAUAAAAGUCUUCAUAUUUUCUCUCACUACAUUUUCUAUAUAUAUAGAUUCACUCUCUCAAUAUAUACCGUUAAAAUUAGAUAGAGAAGUGAAGGAAGAAAAGAAAAAAGGUUAAACUG